GAUUUUCGAUAUGGCAACAUUACUGUUUGUCGUUAUUAUUCAAAAGUUGAGCGCGGGUGAGUUAUGAAUUCUCUUACUUAAAGCUCAAAGAAGGUUGUUUCUUCGAUUUGUUUACUUACAAAAAUGCUUUAAAUGAAUUAAAAUCAAGUUCCUAACUUUUACCGUUUAGCUCGUUUAUUGAUUGAUCAAGAGUAUUGAAGCUUAAUGUUUGUGUCAAAUAUUCGAACCGAGUUUUACGAUGUCUUAUCUACAAUUUCGAACCGAAUAUUAUUGUUGGUGGGAUAUGACGUGGACGCUCUCUGUGCGUGCAAAAUAUUGCAAUAUCUGUUCCAAUGUGAUAAUGUAUUAUAUACUUUGAUUCCAGUUUACAGUAAAACAUCUCUUGUCGAAUCUUUUAAAAAACAUAAAGAGAAGUUGAAGUUUGCUGUGUUGAUCAAUUGUGGCAGUACUAUUGAUCUUGUCGAAGUGCUUGAACCAGAAGACGAUGUAGUGUUUUUUAUUUGUGACAGUCAACGACCUAUAAAUGUUUACAACAUCUACAGUGAAACCCAAAUUCGCUUGGUUAUGAAACCAGAGGAUUGUGAAAACAUACCUGCUUACACUGACAUCUUCAGAGAUGAAGAUUCAGCUGAUGAAGAUGAGGAAAUGGGCAGGCCAACUGAAGAAACCAUAAUGAGACGUCGCGAUAAAAGGUUGUGGGAAGAAAACCGUAACAAAAUCAUGUUUGAGUAUAGUCAAAUAAGUUAUUUUGGCGAAUCUUCGUCUUGCAUCAUGUUUGAUUUAGCUUGGAAAAUGUCUAGAGAUAACAAUGAUCUCUUGUGGUGGUCCAUUAUUGGCUUUACAGAACAAUUUGUAAUGAACAAGGUGGAAUCCGAUAAAUAUAUUAUGAAUGCAUCUUUAAUGCAAAAUCAUGUUACACGCCUGAAUCGUGCUGAUGUUGGAACCUUUAACUCCGUUAGCUGCAUGAAGAUUUCCUUUGACAAGGAAUUAAAUUUGUCUCUGUACAGGCAUUGGUCAAUCUAUGAUAGUAUGCUUAAUUCUAAGUAUACGGCAUGUAAGUUUAAGUUGUGGAGUGGUAAGGGCAAGCAAAAUAUGCGAGAAUUUCUUGCAUCGAUAGGAUUGCCCUUGUCGCAAUGCAGGCAAAAGUUUUUGUCCAUGGACAUGGAAAUCAGGAACAAUGUGUGUUCUUGGAUGGAAGCCAAUUGUGAUAAAUAUAGGCUCGAUCAGAUGGUCUUCGGUUCUUUUAACUCGCAGUUUGGCUUCAAAGGAAAAUUCAGUGCUACCGAUGUUGUUCUUGCCAUCAGUGCUCUUUUGGAGUCUACGGAGAAAGAAAAAACUGCUGCUGAUAAAUUUCAGGAUGCUUCUGAUGCAUUGAGAAAAGGGGAGGUAAAUGCCAUUAAAAGAGGCAUUGAAUUAGCUAAAUUGAGACUGGAGGCUAUAUUUAAACAAGUUCAGAACUUUAUCGCCUUAAAACAUGUUAGACCUGCUGGGCCGUUUUUGCAUGCAACUGUACCAACUUCAACACAUGAUUUCAAAUACUUUUGUUAUCCUUCUUGUCUAACGAUGUUAGGUAAUUUUUUGUUAGAAGCACAUGUCUGUUCGCGCCGGAGCAACCGUGCCGGUUCUCUACCAUUAAUUCUAUUUGCUCCCGAUGAACAGGAAUAUGAUCAGUGCAUAGUUGUUGGUAUCCCUCCGCUUUCAGAGAGAUCACCUAGAAAUUUCUUUGGCAAGGCGUUUGAGCAAGCAGCUGAACAAGCACGAAUUUUUAUCAAUCAAGAUUUGUUUUACACUUCUAUUGUGUAUAUAAAGAGGAAUGAUCAGGCUAAAUUUUUGGAUGCUUUGUUUUUAUUGUUGAGUUAGUUAUAAAGUGUUUUGAUAGUCUAUAUAUUUUGAACAUUAAUUGUUCCACGUAUUUAUUCACUUAUUUCUUUUGCCAAUACAAUGCUAGAGUAGAGUGUGAAUGUUUAGAAUGUCUGAAUUUUAUUAUAGUUUUAAUUUAUUUGAAAUUUUUGAACUUUUUUACAUGAACUUUCUAUGUUUAAAUUUCGACUGUUUGUUCUGGUGGGUGUGUUAGUGAUGUUUAUUGUAAUUUUUUUUAUGUUCUGUGUAUAGUUAUAAAUUUUGGAAAUUUUUUUUCUUUUAAAUCAAAAUUGAGUAUAUUCUUUUGCCUCAAAAUUUCAUU